CCCAUGUGCCUCGGGGGCCUUGGGGAGCGGGACGGUGUCACGGCACUUGGCGGGCAGAAGCGCCCUGGGCCUCGGGCGGGCGUGGUCUGACGUGCGGCGCAAGCGCGGACCUGGGCCGGGCCAGGGAAGAGGCGCCUGGGCUGCGCUUUCCACGAUGGCUCCGUCAGAGAACGGUGCAGCCGGGUGUGUAGAAGCCGGUUCCAGAUGUCCCAGGACUGGAGCUCAGCUAUGCUGCCAGAGUGCGCUAUGGGUUUACAAGAGCAACAAAAGAUGAGUAAAUCUCUGGACUUGGUAUCAUUUGAGGAUGUGGCUGUGGACUUCACCUGGGAGGAGUGGCAGGACCUGAAUGAUGCUCAGAGGACUUUGUAUAGGGAUGUGAUGUUGGAGACCUACAGCAACCUGGUGUCACUGAAUAUCCAGAUAGAUGAUGACCUCAUGGAGAGGACCCAAGAAAGUCAUGGUAGAUGCUUCCAGCAAAUUGUAAUCAGCAACAGCAACACAUCAGCUGAGGAGAGAGUUGUGUUGGGAAAAUCAUUUUAUUUGAAUUCAUAUCAUGUUUUAAAUCUGAUUAUAAACAAUGGAAAGUAUUCAGGAAAGAGACAUCAGGAGUUUUACAUAUGUCAGAAUGCACUUCUUCCUAAAGAGCUUGAUGAGAUGCCUGCUGCAGAGAAACCUGAUGACCAUCAUAUAACUGAAAAACUUCCCAGACAUCAUGAGCAUCUUAGCCAGCAUCCCAAUAUUCAGACUGGGAAGCAGCUUUUAAAAUCUGGUGGAAAAGGGAAAUCCUGCAGCACAGAGCCAAUAACAUUUACACAUGAAAAGAUUCAUAUGGAUGAGACCACCUAUAAGUGUAAUGAAUAUGGGAAAGUCUGUGGUAAGUCAGCUGUCAUUGUCCAAGAAAUAAAUCAGGUAGAAAGGAAAACUUUUCAAUGUGGUUUAUGUGGGAAAAUAUUCUGUAAAAUGUCUGAACUCACUAAACAUCAGAUUAUGCACACAGGAGAGAAACACAAUAAGUAUACUGAAUGUGAGAAAUCUUUUGUUAAGAAAUUAUACCUUACCUCACAUCAGAGAAGACCUAUGCAGGAGAAGCUUUGUGGUUGUAAUGAACAAGAGAAAAAAUUUUGUCAAAAGUCAGACCUUACAAUGCAUCAAGGAACUCAUACAGGAGAAAUGUACUAUGGAAGUAUUAGCUGUGGAAAAAGCUUAUGCAAGAAUUCACUCCUUAGCCAUCCUGAGAGAAUUCAUACAGGUGUAAUACCAGAUGGAUGUAACAAAUGUCCAAAAUUUUUCUACCAUGAGUCAGCCCUCACUGUAUAUCAGAGAGUUCACACAAGUGAGAAGCCAUCUAAAGAAUAUAAAAAAACAUUUUAUGGUAAUAAUUGUGGUAAAACCUUUCUCCAGAAGUCACACUGCAGCAGUCAUCAGAGAAUUUACGCAGGUGAGAAACCAUGUGAAUGUAAAGAAAGCGGAAAAGCUUUUAACCAAAAGUCAGAUUUCAGCAGGCAUGAGAGAAUUCACACACACAAGAAACCAUAUGAAUGUAGAGAAUGUGGAAAAGCUUUUAGCCGAAAGUUAUACUUAAGCAUUCAUCAGAGAACUCAUACAGGUGAGAAACCAUAUGAAUGUAAAGACUGUGGGAAAGCUUUUACCCACAAGUCAGACCUCAGGAAGCAUGAGAGAAUUCACACAGGUGAGAAACCAUAUGAAUGUAGAGAAUGUGGGAAAGCUUUUAGCCAUAAGUUAUCCUUAAGCAUUCAUCAGAGAACUCACACAGGUGAGAAACCAUAUAAAUGUAAAGACUGUGGGAAAGCUUUUACCCACAAGCCAGACCUCAGGAAGCAUGAGAGAAUUCACACAGGUGAAAAACCCUAUGAAUGUAGAGAAUGUGGAAAAGCUUUUAGCCAAAAGUCACACCUCAGUGUUCAUCAGAGAACUCACACAGGUGAGAAGCCGUAUGAAUGCAAAGAAUGUGGAAAAGCUUUUAACCACAAGACAGCCCUCAGCAGGCAUGAAGUAAUUCAUACAGGUGAGAAGCCAUAUGAAUGUAAAGAAUGUGGAAAAGCUUUUAGCCUAAAGUCAUACUUAAGCAUUCAUCAGAGAACUCACACAGGUGAGAAACCAUAUGAAUGUAAAGACUGUGGGAAAGCUUUUGCCCACAAGUCAGAGAUCAGGCAGCAUGAGAGAAUUCACACAGGUGAGAAGCCAUAUGAAUGUAAAGACUGUGGGAAAGCUUUUAGACUAAAAUCACGCUUCCGCACUCAUCAGAGAACUCACACAGGUGAGAAACCAUAUGAAUGUAAAGAAUGUGGAAAAACUUUUAACCAAAAGUCACACCUCAGCUUUCAUCAGAGAAUUCACACAGGUGAGAAACCAUAUGAAUGCAAAGAAUGUGGAAAUGCUUUUAGCCAGAAGUCUCACCUCAGCAGGCAUCAGAAAAUUCACACAGGUGAAAAACCAUAUGAAUGUAAAGACUGUGGGAAAGCUUUUAUCCACAAGUCAGACAUGAGGAAGCAUGAGAGAAUUCACACAGGGGAGAAACCAUUUGAAUGUAGAGAAUGUGGAAAAGCUUUUAACCAAAAGUCAAACCUCAGCAUUCAUCAGAGAACUCACACAGGUGAGAAAGCAUAUGAACGUAAAGACUGGAAAAGCUUUUAACUACAAGUCACAGUUCAGCAUUCAUCAGAGAACUCACACAGGUGAGAAACCAUACGAAUGCAAAGAAUGUGGAAAAGCUUUUAACCAAAAGUCACAU